CAGUCGCACCGCAGCCGUCGUUCGCGCUCUUCUCUCCUCGAUCCGCAAUCCCAUUUCUAUAUAUAGGUGUGCGUAGUACCCCUAUAUAUCUACAUAGAUAGACGCGCGUGUUGGUCCGCGCUCAGUGGUCUCAGCGGGCUUUCUGUAUAGGCGCCCAGCAGCAGUAGCAGCAGUGCAUGUGCGCGUGUGUGAGUGUGCCUCAAUCGUAUACCGUACGUACUGUAUAUUUCUAAGUGCGGACGCCAUAGUCGCGUGUACACAUGUACACGAGCACUGUAUGAAAGAAAGCGUAGUGUUAAGUAUCGAUUCGAGUGCUGUGGCAGGCACAUACAUGCUUUAAAGUGCACCCAAGGAGCGCAUACGAUAGAAGAAAGAGCUGUUGAAGCAGAGGCAACCGUUCGAUCGUCAGUCCGGAUCAGCUGUUCGACGACGACACCAACAAGGACUCCGAAAUGUUCUCGCUACAAAGGACCAUCCUAUCGUGCGGAAGAAGUGGUUGCGGCUCGACAUGCGGGGCCUGGGCACGGACACUGCCCCCAAUGGCAAUGGAGCAGCAGCAGCAACAGCAACGCCGUGGCAUACACGAAGUUCAGGGUGACAUCGUACCCAUCAAUAUGGUCAAGGGUAUCGGACAUCUCAGAGAUCCGCGGCUCAACAAGGGAUUAGCCUUCUCAUUGGAGGAGCGAAUAGCGCUGGGAAUACACGGACUCCAGCCGCCGAGAUUUAAAACCCAGGAGGAGCAACUGGCGCUAUGCAAAGCCUCCGUAAUGAAGUAUACCGAAGAUCUGAAUCGUUACCUCUAUCUCGUCGAGCUUCAGGAACGUAACGAGAGAUUGUUCUUCCGGCUGCUGAAGGAAAAUAUCGAGCAAAUGAUGCCGAUCGUUUAUACUCCGACGGUCGGCUUGGCUUGCCAAAAGUUCGGCGUAAUCUAUCGAAGACCGCGUGGACUAUUCAUCACGAUCUACGACAAAGGUCACAUUUAUGAAAUUCUCAACAACUGGCCAGAACAGGCCGUCCGAGCGAUCUGCGUGACCGAUGGCGAGCGAAUAUUGGGUCUGGGCGAUUUGGGAGCCUGCGGCAUGGGCAUACCCGUGGGCAAGCUCGCUCUCUACACGGCCCUGGCCGGCAUCAAGCCUCACCAAUGUCUCCCAAUCACCAUUGACGUAGGCACGAACAAUGAGCAGUUGCGCAACGACCCUCAUUACAUCGGCUUGAACAAGCCCAGGACUUUCGGUGAGGAGUACGACGAGCUUCUCGAUGAGUUCAUGUGCGCCUGCGUUAAGAAAUACGGCCAGAACGUGCUCAUACAGUUUGAAGAUUUUGGAAAUCACAAUGCCUUCCGAUUUCUCGAUAAAUAUAGAAAUAAGUACUGCACUUUUAAUGAUGACAUACAGGGUACCGCAGCUGUUGCCGUAGCUGGUAUCCUUGCUUCUCAGAGGCUCACCAAAAAAGCCAUGAGAGACAACAAAUUCGUCUUUCUCGGUGCUGGAGAGGCAGCUAUCGGAAUUGCCGAUUUGUGCGUAAAGGCUAUGGAGGCCGAUGGCUGCUCGGCGGAAGAAGCGCGUAACAACAUUUGGAUGUUGGAUAUUGACGGUCUUCUGACGACGACGCGUACAGUUGGAGACCUGGAGGGUCACAAAAUUUACUACGCCAAGGAUCACGAGCCCAUGACGACGCUCAUCGACGUCGUGAGAAAAGUCAAGCCGUCCAUACUGAUAGGAGCAUCGGCUGCUGCCAAUACUUUUACACCGGAGGUACUGCAAGAAAUGGCCAAAAAUAAUGAAAGACCUUUAAUCUUUGCACUCAGUAAUCCAACGAGCAAGGCCGAGUGCACGGCUCAAGCUGCCUACGAGCACACGCAGGGUAGAUGUAUAUUUUCGUCUGGCUCACCAUUCGGUGAAGUUGAAUACAACGGAAAAACUUACAAGCCAGGUCAAGGUAACAAUGCGUACAUUUUCCCAGGCAUUGCUCUCGGUGUAAUUGCAACCGGUUGCCAUCAUAUAACCGAAGAGAUGUUCCUACUCUCAGCCCAAGAAGUCGCUAAUAACGUAUCCAACGAGGAUCUCGAAAGAGGCAGUGUAUAUCCACCUUUGGGUACCAUUCAAGAAUGUUCGAUCGAUAUUGCCUGCAAAAUUGCCGAUUACGCUUAUAGACACGGUAAUUUGGCGAGCGAGUAUCCCGAACCAAAAGACAAACGCUCGUUUAUCAUGAGUAAAAUGUACGACUGCAAUUACGACAGUCCCUUGCCGAACAUGUACUCGUGGCCAGAGAGCUUUUGCAAUCCGCGAAUUCUGCCCGAACAAUCAUUCGAUACCUAUUUUAAAGCAAGAGCCAAGGACGGACCAUCACUGCUAAAAUAAAUUAUGAUUAUAGGCGAUCUUUUCAUAAGCAACUUCAUUUUGGUAAAUAGGAACAAUACCUCAUAAAAAUUUUCGUAGAUAACAGUUAUUUUCCUCUAGAUCCAUUACCUUUAAUUCACUUUAUCAUCUGAAUAUUUUCAAUAAUCGAAGUAAUCCAAGUAGAUGAGUAAACCCCCGUAUUUAAUAAUUUGAAAAAUGGUGACUUUUAAUCGGGUUUCCAUCAAAAAUAUCGAAGUCAAACUCAACGAUUGAGCAAACACAAUUCGAGUCAAAUGUGCAUGAUUCUAUAAAAUAGGCAUAUUUUAUAAUAUCUGAAUAUAAUUUCACGCAACUAACUGCGAAGCACCAGCAAUCGUGAAUACCUGCAUGAAUAUUAACAACUACUAUAUUAAUGUUUUUUGUUUCAACAUUUUCUCUGUUCAUCUUUGCAUGCUAUUUGGUGUUCUGAAGAAAUGAUACUUUUUCGAUGGCUUUGAUCAUGAAUUGCAAUAAAAAAAUACUAAAAAUAUCGAUGUAUUAUUUAUUCAACAGCUUGUAACAUGCUGGCGAUGUUCUCAAGCAAACCGAGAGGAACUAAACAUACACGCUAAAUAUUAUAAUCAAGAAAAACGAAAAAUUGUAAUACUUAUUCAAGUUUCACUCACUUACGUGUUUUCGAGUCGCAGGAACGAUUGUAAUAGGCGUAAGUUAUUUAAUGAAUUAAAAUAAUGAUUUUAUUGAGCGAUGAUUAUUACCUACUUCAAAAUCUUUAUGAUAGAGCUUAUACAUUAUUUUGAACUGCCGACGUUCGUUUUCGAACGUAAAACAUUGUGUAUUUCAUUCAGUAAUAUAAUGCGAAUAGUACUGAAGUGCAUGGCUAACGAUCGUGUUACUUUCAGAUGUGGAUGCUUUUAUUUGUAUUCAUAUUUGUAGCACAAUUUGUGAAAAAUAAGUUUCCGAAAUUUUUUUUAUAUUUACAUUUCGAACUGUUAAAGUGCAGGUGUUACAAACAUAAAUGUUGUUAAUCGUAAUUAAAAUUUUUGAAAACUAUUAUCAAAAGAUUUAAUUUUUGAAUUGUUAGAUUAAUAUCGCAGAAAAGUUAAUGAAUUUCCGAUACAAUUUUUAUCGCGCUUUAAUAAAAUAUAGCGAUUUAUCGGUGUGCUUACAAUAAUUAUAAAAAACGAUAUACACUAUUCAAAUUUUUUCAAUGCCACGAAUUUGGUGAUGUAUAAUCAUUGAUAAGGCAAUAUACGUAUAAUAAUGUAAUUCAUUUUGGAUGAAUUUAUUGACUGAAUUGAACAGGAGCCGUUUAUUGUGAUUUUUAAAAAAAGUUAAAUGUUUAAUCAUAGUUUACUUAAUAAAAAAACCAUAAAAAAAAAUAAAAAAAGAAAAAACCACAGUAUUUUUUGUACAUAUACAAUACACUUGUUUGGCGAAGAGAUUCCGUCGUUGGACGGCAGGUGUUACUAUGUUUUAUUGUCAUUGGCUGUAUGAGUGUUAAUUAACUUAACGAAGUAUGUUAAUUAGAUUAAAAAAAUGAAAAGGCUUCAGUUAAUACGUGGUUCCUAAAAAAACAAUAUACAUGUACGAUGCAUAGCAAAAUAUAGUUAGAAAAAAAUGGAUGUAUGUAUGAUUAAUUUUUAACAUUAAGAACAUCAGCUAUAUUUCUUGCAAUUGUUUUUUCAUCAAUAUGAAUAUUGUAUGUAAACGCAAACAUCAUUUGUAAUUGUGAAAGUAUGAACACCCUUUCAUUGAUAGUAUUAUAACAAUUGUAAACAUUUUUCUAUUAUACUUUUUACCCAUGCGAUAAAUGGGUGAGAUGUAAUUGGGAAAAAAAUAAACAUCAAAACGUUAAUUAUUUGAAA